UGCUGGAAGUCACAGCAGAGCAAGGGCCUGGCUUAGGAGUGAUCAGAGCAUCAUCAGCAGAGAGUCAUCACCAUGGGGAACUGUUGCGAGGGCUUGGGCAAUUUCUUCGGCCGGCAAAAGAACACCAAUGUUCGUGUUAGUCUGCCGGCUGUCUGCUUCGUCUGGCAGUUUGCUAUGAUUGUGCUGUUUGGUGUUUUCAUCCGAUAUGAUGAAGAGUCAGACGCACAUUGGGUAGAGACCAAAAAGGAGCACAACAUCACCAGCGAUAUCGAAAAUGACUUCUACUUCAGAUAUCCCAGCUUCCAGGAUGUCCAUGUCAUGAUCUUUGUUGGAUUUGGUUUCCUCAUGACCUUCCUGAAACGUUACAGCUUCAGUGGUGUCGGCUUCAACUUCCUGAUUGCCUCCUUUGGUUUGCAGUGGGCUCUUCUCAUGCAAGGCUGGUUCCACUCCCUCGACCCCGAAACAGGAAAAAUCUAUAUUGGAAUAGAGAGUCUGAUCAAUGCAGACUUCUGCUGUGCCGGCUCUCUGAUUGCCUACGGUGCCCUCCUGGGAAAAGUAAGCCCUGUCCAGCUGCUGGUUGUCACCUUAUUUGGCGUCACACUGUUUGCUGUGGAGGAAUACAUCAUCCUUAACCUCCUUCAUUGCAGAGAUGCUGGUGGUUCCAUGGUCAUUCACGCCUUCGGAGGGUACUAUGGUUUGGCCAUCUCCUGGGUCCUCUACCGACCAAACCUACACCAAAGCAAACGCCUCAACGGAUCUGUCUACCACUCUGAUGUGUUUGCCAUGAUUGGUACACUGUUCCUGUGGAUGUUCUGGCCAAGUUUCAACUCGGCCAUUGCAGACCACGGUGACGGGCAGCACAGAGCAGCCAUCAACACUUACCUUGCCCUCGCUUCCUCUGUUCUCACCACCGUGGCCAUCUCCAGCAUGUCUCAGAAGAGAGGAAAACUGGACAUGGUGCAUAUCCAGAAUGCCACUCUGGCAGGUGGUGUUGCCAUGGGAACAGCAGCAGAGUUUAUGAUCACUCCUUAUGGUUCACUAAUCGUGGGUUUCUGCUGUGGCAUCAUCUCCACCUUUGGCUACCUGUUUGUCACGCCCUUCUUGGAGAAAUAUUUCAAGCUCCAGGACACAUGUGGUAUCCACAACCUGCACGCUGUGCCAGGGAUGCUUGGCGGCUUUGUAGGCGCCAUUGUUGCCGCAGCUGCCACUGACUCUGUCUAUAGCAAGGAGGGGUUGAUCCACACAUUUGACUUUGAAGGCAAUUUUGCAAAGAGAUCUGCAGGAACCCAGGGAGGCUUCCAGGCUGCUGGCACAUGUGUGGCAAUUGCAUUUGGACUUGUUGGAGGAGCGAUUGUUGGUUUAAUUCUUAAGUUCCCUAUCUGGGGGGACCCUGCUGAUGACAACUGCUAUGAUGAUGAAGUUUACUGGGAGGUUCCUGAGGAUGAGGAGACCAUCCCUCCUGUUUUGGAGUACAAUAACCACAUGAUACACAAGCACCAAGAAAUAUCUGAGUCAAACUUCUCUGUGGAGCAAAGUUAGAGCAUCACAGUGGAAGAUCAUCCCCCUCAUAUCACUAUGAACUUGAUACAGCUGUGAAACAACACUAAUUUAUAAAAGGAGACACCCUCAAAAAUGGACAGUUUUACAAGAAAGGAACUUGUGUCACACCAUUUACACCUGAUACAUUUGUCUGGCACCUUGGUCAAUGAUUAGAAGCGUAAAGUUAUGACGACGCUGCACAAAAUGGUAACCAAAUAUCUCAUUGAUGGAAAAAUUAUCCUUAAUCAAAACUGGUAUUACUCUUGAAGGAAAUUUUAAACUGCAUUUACUUUCUCUUUAAUUUUGGAAGAAACUUUAUGUAAUUUGCUUAAUGGCUGAAAAAUGUCAGGUAGAAGAAUCUGAGCAGUAUGAGAAGUACAAGACACUUUGUUUAUGUUGUGUAAGCUGAAAAUAAUGCACAGAAGAACUGAGACACAUUUUCAUGGGUUUGGAAAUGCAUUAUUGUACAUCAGUUGUUGUAUAACUUUUAUCUUAAGAAGGAAAGCUCUGAUGUUUUCAUGUCAUGCAUUUUAAUUAUUGAAUAUUGUCACUGAUAAUGUUUCCCAUUUUAUUUCUUAUAAAUGAAGAGUCUGUUGAAAUACAGUUUAUUUAGUUGUUCGUCCAAAUUUUUUUAAAGUCAUUUAGUGAAUAAUCAAAGGUAUUUGUGCUGCCAAAUUAGGCAAUUUUUGAGUAUUAUAUCUUACUUAUUUCUUUCAAAUUAUGUAUAGAUCUUUGUAAGAUGCAUGUACAUAUGCUUCCUUUUAUCAAUCUUGUUUGUCGCCUAACUUACUUGUUCUUAAGGUGGAAGUUUUGAGCAACUACAGUAACUAUGAUACAAUUCCCAGUGUUUUGGUUGCUGUGGUGUUGAAUGUUACCUCCAAUACACUAUAUGUGAUUGUAUGUGACAAUCUGCUUGUUGUAUUAUUGACUUAUUAUAGUUUCAGAUGUACACAUUAAAUUAAAAAAAAUAAACAAUAAAGCUAUA